AGCAGGGCCGGAGCCAUGUCACCCCGAGCCUUCACCCUCCUCAUCCUCCUCGUGCAGGACGCGGUGCUGAGCGCUCGGGCAGAUGUGCUGACCUUCCCCAUCCUCCCCCCCAUCAGCUGCCUCGAGAACCACCGGGGGCCCUACCCCAUGAGGCUGGUGCAGAUCAAAUCCAACAAGGACAAGGAGUCCAAGGUGUACUACAGCAUCACGGGGCAGGGCGCGGACAGCCCGCCCGUGGGCAUCUUCGUCAUCGAGCGCGAGACGGGGUGGCUGAAGGUGACCGAGCAGCUGGACCGGGAGAAGAUCGAUCGAUACACCCUCUUCUCCCACGCCGUGUCGGCCAGCGGGCAGCCCGUGGAGGACCCCAUGGAGAUCAUCAUCACAGUGAUGGACCAGAAUGACAACAAGCCCAUGUUCAUCAAGGAGGUCUUCGUCGGCUACAUCGAGGAGAACGCGAAGCCAGGCACCUCCGUGAUGACCGUGAACGCCACGGAUGCGGACGACGCAGUGAACACGGACAACGGCAUCGUCAGCUACUCCAUCGUCAGCCAGCAGCCGCCCAGCCCGCACCCCCAGAUGUUCACCAUUGACCCGGCCAGGGGCAUCAUCAGCGUGCUGGGCACGGGGCUGGACCGGGAGACCACUCCCAACUACACGCUGAUCGUCCAGGCCACGGACCAGGAGGGCAAGGGCCUGUCCAGCACUGCCACGGCCAUCAUUGAGGUCACGGAUGCCAACAACCCCAGCACCGACGGCAUCCUGAGGACCACCAAGGCUGGAGUCAAGCCCGAGAUGCCGAGUGGCUCCCUGACCACCCAUGUGCUGAACACGGCCACGGGGCUGCCCGCUGCCGGCCUCGCACUGCGCCUGGCACAGCUGGGGGAGCCGGGCGGGCAGUGGACGGAGCUGGCACAGAGGUGGACGGAUGCGGACGGGCGCUGCUUGCCCCUCCUGCCCCCAGGGCAGGCUGAGGCUGGCACCUAUAAACUGCGCUUUGAGACGGCGGCAUACUGGCAGGGCCUGGGGUACACCAGCUUCUACCCCUUUGUGGAGGUCGUCUUCACCAUCACUGACCCAGCCCAGAAGUUGCACGUCCCACUGCUGAUCAGCCCCUACUCCUACACAACGUACCGGGGCAGUUAGGGCAAGGCAUAUAACUGCUCCAGCACCACAGGGUGCCGGGGGGGAGCUACAUGACUGAUACCAUUAAAGGAUUCAAACAGCA